GUGGCACCAACAGAAAGGGGGCUUCUGUGUUAUAUUCACACAUAUAUGCUCUUCUUCGAGCUUGCUCUGCUUUCUCCAACACUGCAGAGAGCCACAGACCAACACUAUCUUUCAGAGCGUAUUUCUGUGUCAACAGAACUCCUCCUCCUGAGAAAGCCCACGCAAUGCCAUAUAUUAAAAGGCGUAAAAGAGCGCCUGGGAGGCCUCAGGAUAACUCGCUGCCAGCCACUUUGCUGCCCUGGCCUCUGCCAGGCUGAGGAGCGAUUGAUUUACCUGGGCCAUAGCAAGAGGGCUCCGCGCGUCUCAGAGGGGCUGCAGGAAAAAAAAAAAAAAUCAACCCUCAAUAGCUCAGAAACGCUCCCCUGCUUUUUUUUUUCCUCCCCAGAGCAAGAGGGGGCGCUUCUCCUCUUACUUUGACGCACGUGCUGGGAUGGAAGGCGGGAGACGCCUGUUGCUCGGGUAGGACGAUCUUGCGGCUGCGCCUGAGAGCGGCCUCCGCUUUCAGAAAACAACGCGGCGUUCGAACUCAGGUGUGUUUUUCACUACAAAUCCCAGCCACCUCCGCGGCGGGCGGUUUUUGUACCGCACUUUACCUCGUGCGCGCUCGGCCAGCUGGAAAGGAGGGCGCCAGAGACAGAUUCUUACACAGCCGAGGAAGCGGCGGCAGGUGGCUGCAGCCUCCCGGGGAGCGGUCGCCAGCUCUCUCCGCGGCUCCCACGGCCUUCGCCCGCCCUUUCCACUUCACCCACCUGGCCGCGGCGGGCAUGGCUGAAUUCCUGAAUCAAGCCGCCGUGCUGGGCUUCCUUCGGGAACAGGGCGGCCAGGUGCGCAAUUCGCUGCUGCUCGCCCACUUCAAGCCGUUGUUGGACGUGCCCGAGGCGACGCCGGAGGUCCGGGCUGCUCUCCGCCAGCGCUUCGUCCACUUGGUCAACAGCGUGGCUGUCGUGCGGGUCUCGGAGGGGAUCAAGUUGGUCGUGCUAAGAAACAGGUACCAGUUGGCCCGGGACGACUCCGAUGCGGAACCGAGAUCGAUCCCCUUCGGGGAUCUGUCUGACGAGGAAACCGAAGGCGCCGAUUCUGGAGCGCCCGCUUGCCCUGCCGGCUUCGUGGCGCCUCUGAACUCUCCUGGAAAGGAGGACCCUGAAGCCCACCCGACUGUCUCUGUGUUCCAGCUGAAGAACCGCUUUCAAAGGGGAGGCUCGGAAAUCCUCAAAGUCCCCAGUGGCAAAGACCAUUUGGCCCCCAAGGGUGCCUCCCGAAAGCCCUGCAUGCUGCCCGUCCGCUCUGUGCCCCCUUCCUCCACCAAUGCUAAGAGAUCUGAGGAGCUGAGCCCUGAGCAGGACCCGAUCCCUGUCGAAGAUGGGCUCCAAGUGGAUCUCCCUGCCAUCCUCCUGUCUCCCUCCCCUCAUGCUAAGAGGCGGCAGCUAAACGAAAUGGGGCCCAAAUCCCUUUCCCUGGGAAGGGGGUCGAAACCGCUAAAGGUGGGCGAGGAAGCUGACAGCACGGCCAACGUGCCCUUGGAACCUGUUGAGCACCAGUGGGUGGUGAAAGCCACAGCCGGCCAGUGGUCCCAGCAACUUCAUGGCUUGUUGCUCAUUGACCUGAAUCUGGUGAGCAAAAGAGAUUUCAUGAGUGGCUUCACGGUUCUCCACUGGGCGGCUAAAAGUGGAAAUUCCAAAACACUGAGCAAAGUCCUAGAAAUGGCCGAGAAAGGAGGUAUUCACGUGGACGUCAAUGCUAAGUCCUACGGGGGUUAUACUCCGCUUCAUAUUGCUGCUCUCCACGGGCAGGAAGAAGUUAUUGCCCAGCUGGUCAAAGUUUACAAUGCCAAAGUCAACUUAAGAGACUAUAGUGGGAAAAAACCAUUCCAGUAUUUAAAAGAAGGCUCUUCUUUUGCUGUUAGACAUCUCUUAAAUGACCCUGGUCUUCACACUGAGCAGAAGAACCCUUCCAUCAAGAAGAACAUAAAAGUGGCUGCUUCUAUCUUAAGUUCCACCAGCACUUUCCUGGGGCUUUUAUCUGACGAUGUUGCCUUCUAUGAACUGACAAAAGGCUUAAAGAAACCUGCCCCCAUCAAUAAAUUUCUUAACAUAGCCACAGCCCCGAGGAGGAAGUUGAAUUCACGAAGGGCUUUUUCUACUUCUACUUCUUCCUUGUCUCAGGCCCUGGAGGAAGAACAGAGUGAAACUGUAUCAAAACACAGACCGAUUUCAGAAUUGUUUUUUGGGCAUUUAUCUCACUGAAACAGUAAUAUCAACGUUUAAUUAAACUUGGGUCUAUCUCACAUUCACACACACCAAAAAAAAAAAAACAUUUUGCUUCGUAGAUUUGAGUGUGUUUCACUUCAGCAAGUCUAAUCUAAAGAGGAAAAAACAAAAGAUUAUGCAUAGGAUUAUGUUUUAACUUGAUAGUUGCUGCUCUGAUAAGACAGUUCUUUUCCAACAAAGCUUCAUUUAUUAAAUGUGAAUUGUUGAGGUUUCAUCUGAAUUUUAUCUGUUGAGGGGUUGUUGAUGUUGUUUUUCAAUAAAAGGUAAGGUUUAGGUACAAAUUUCCACAAAAAUCACCUUAGUAAGGCAUCAGUCCUGCAAUACUUGAGAGAAAAUCCUGCUGGACAGACUUCUGAGUAAGCACUGAUAGAAUUAAGAAUUGACAUUAUAUAUAAGAUCCUUUAUUUUGAAACAAAAACGUAUUUUAUUCAUGCAUUCUGUUCUCAAAAGUGUCUUAAAUGUCCUGUUGUGGGAACAAAAAUGUUUUUAGCAUUUCUUGGCAUCCUAUCCUGUUCCAUUAAAGUGGAUUUAGCAAAUUCAUUUGUAGCAGCUCCCCUCUCCUAAUGACGUGCCAUUUAUUAGGUGUGGGAGUGUGUUUUUUAUACAAUAAUUGAACAAGGUCCCAUUUUAUACCACUCUAAUUUUCAGCUGAUCUGAUUUUUGUAGUUGAAAAGAAAGCAAAAUAUAGUAAAACUGUAUUUUGGUUUACAAUCUAAAACUUCAGACUAGUACUUUUCCAUUAACUUUUUAAAAAUAAAUUGGAAAAAGGAACACACAUAGCUUUUAGUAGCCAACUGAAAGUUAAUUUAUUUUUUUAGAAUUAAAAGCCUCUAUUAAAUUUGUUUAUGUAUUUACAAUGUGUAGAAUAUGUAGUGAAAAUAUAAAUCUAGCUCAUGCCAACUUUAAAACAAAAGAGAAGUCUAAUACCUCUACCUCACUAUAAUACAGUAUUUAUAUGAUUAGUCAAGACUUUUUAUUUAGAAAAAGCAUACAAUCCUAAUUGCACAAUUAUUACCUUCAGUUGAUAAUACAUUGACAACUAUAAUACUCUGCCCUAAAAACAUUUGAACAUAUAGUAAGAAAAAUUCUAUUUAGGCUAUUUAUUUUUACACAAUAUUUUUAUAUUGUUAAUUGUAUAAACAUAUGAAGUAAUCUGUUUACAGUUUCAGCCUUAAAAUUCAUACAGUAUAGGAACUUAAAUUUAUUGUGAAAUUUUCAACACCAAGUCCUUCUAGAUUCCAAAAUGCUUUUUAUAGAUUGUUAUGACCAUAAGAUGGCUAUAGUCCCACUUUACAAAUGGAUAUAAAGUCAUUUUGUGUAUAUUGAUUUAAUACAAUUAAUUACUCUGUGGAAUUAAAUAAGGACUCUGAAAUUGAUGUGAGUUUACAGGGAAGAAGUAAAUGUGUACAGAAUUGAAGUCCACAAUUUUUGUGCCUUUCUAGUGCUAUUUGUACAAUGUAUAAAUGCUGUUAUCAUGAUGGAAUUUAUGUUUAUAUUAUGUUUCUAAGCCAAAGCCAAUUUAAAUCUGAAAACAUUUGCAUGAAUCGAAAACAUGGUACAAAUGGUGCAGUCUGCAGAUAAGAAAGCCAUCCAUUGCAACUGUAGCUAAUAAUUCAGCUACAAACAGAAAUAUAAUAAUUAUCCCUGUUGGUACUAUCGUCUUAUGUAGGAAAAUAAUUCCUUUACUGAAUAUUUGACUUUCAAAAUUACAGAUGUAUGAUAUAUAUUUCACAGAAGACAUUUAAAUACUUUGGAAAAUAAAAUAUAAGUAAAAACUAAAGCAUGAUUCUAUAGGACCAUGCUUAAAAGCCAAAUGAUUAUUUAACUCCACACUUCUAAUGCUGAAUAGCAUAACAUAAACUAAUAUAUAUUUGUAAAUUUAUAAAUCUGACAAAUUUAGCAAAUGCAUCUUGAGUGGAAUAUAAGCAUGCCUGCAAAAUCCAUAUAAUUUGGUUAGGAAUAUAGCAAGAUCAACAGCUUUAAAGAAACAGCUCUUUUUCUAAUGUAGUUUCCUUUAGAGCUAUCUUGAGCUCUACAGAUGGCCUUUUUAAAAAUCUAUUGUUCUACUACAACAAAAUGGACAAACAGGCUACCAUAUCUGUUUACAAUAGUUUGGUUGUUUAAUCUGCAUUACUAGUUUCAAUUUUCAGCUGUGGCAUUUCACUGGACUACUAUGAAACUCUUUUCAAGGUCAGUGGUUUUCAGAAUGUUUUGUUAUCAACCUUGUAUUAAUAAAGGCAGUGCUUCUUA